GUUCUAGGUGCAAUCGGGCAGUCUGACGUUCCGGCCGGGGAACACUUAAAGUGUAACACAUGCACUUUAUGCAAAGCCUCGAAAAGAUUCUCUCUGAGGAGAGGCACAUAGUGAUCAGGCACUGAGAUGGCUGCCCGCAUCCCUCUCGUACUCCUGGCUUGCGGGUCCUUCAACCCCAUCACCAACCAGCACAUGCGGCUGUUCGAGCUGGCCCGGGAUCACAUGCACCUAACUGGGCAGUACCAGGUGGUGGGUGGGAUCGUAUCCCCAGUGGGUGACGGAUAUGGCAAACAGGGCCUUGUUUCUGCAAAGCACCGCGUUUCCAUGGCAAAGGUGGCCCUGCAAACUUCUGACUGGGUAUCCGUGGGUGACUGGGAGAGUCAGCAGCCUGACUGGACGGAGACAGUCGUUACUAUGAGGUACCAUUAUGGGCAGAUCGCCAAACAGUACCAGCGCAGGAUAGAAGCACUUAACAACGCGCCUCAGGAAUCAGCUUUGUGUAAACCUCAGCUCAAGCUCCUCUGUGGUGCCGAUUUCCUGGACACGUUCCACGUGCCGGGCCUGUGGCGUGACGAGCACGUGGAGGAGGUGGUGGGCCGCUUCGGCCUGGUGUGCGUGAGCCGCGGGCGCCAGCAGCCGGACCAGGCCGUGCACGAGUCGGACCUGCUCUCCCGGCACCGCGCCAACAUCUUCAUGGUGCGCGAGUGGGUGCGCAACGAGACCAGCGCCACCGAGGUGCGCCGCGCGCUCCGCCGGGGCCUCAGUGUCAAGUACCUGCUGCCCGACGACGUCAUCGAGUACAUCCAUGCACACGGCCUUUACACGCACAAGACUGAGCUGAAGAACAAGGGCAUCAAGCUGCGCCCGCUCACCAAACAGGGACUCCUGGACUGAUCUCACUGACUGUAUAAUAACAGAUUAGAGAAAAGUCUGGAAAGCCGAGACUGAAUGUGAUUCCAGGACCCCAUUCUGUCUUCCGAUCACAUCACAAAACAGACUGAAAGGAUUAAUUUGUAUGUGAAGACUGGAAAGCUACAUUUGUAUGUUAAAGCACACUUGCUGUUCAUGGCCAUUGUCAACAGACCAUAAGCUCAUCAGCAUGGACACAUAGAGAUGGGAGUGAUGCUCAUUGUGCCUAUGGGCCAGAAAGUCAGCUGCAUACAGAGUUACUAAGCAUUCAGUUUUUCCCAUUCUGUGUGAAAUUACAGAACCAGUCAAGUCAACGACUCUUGGCUGUUUUAGCUUAGAAUUGAAAAAUGAAAAAUAACUGGGAGCAAGGAAGGAGAAGUGAAAACCACAACACCAGCAGGCAACACCUAGUGUUAGCUAACGCUUCUAAUAAGUCAUAUGUUUAUUGAACAAAACCAAGACAAUAGGAAACUUCAAAGAAGGAUAUUCUUCUUUUUUCACACAAUGAAAAUGACCUAUGUUUGAGAAUAAAUCAAAUAAAGCAGAUUGAAUUUCA